AUGGGAACCCUAUUUUGGAAGAAAUCCCCAACUUUCCAGCUGGCUCAGCAUGUCACCCUAAAUGAAGAAUCCGACCCGGCCAAAAUCCAGCAAUUCUUGGACACCCUGUCGGAAACACCGUAUCCGAAAGGCCUCCCGCUCUGGGAAUGCGUCUCCUUCCCCAAUUACCCCAGGGGUAACUACGACACUAAAUCUGCCCUCGUGUUUCGCCUGCAUCACACGGUGACAGACGUUUACGGACUUUUGACACUUUUGCACGAUUUCUUUGAUAACAAAGAUUCCGAAAAAUAUCAGGAAAAUUUUACAAAUUCGAAACCCUCCAAAUGGACUACGAAUAUUUGGAAUGUCUUCCAAUUGAUCUUUGUCACUCCGACGGAAGCCAUUUUCUAUCUGUUGAAAGGAAUCGACUCCAAUCCGCUCACACUCAAGGCAUUCCGACGAAGUGGGGAAGUGGUCCGGUGUCACAAUCCCGUCGCCAUGGAGAUGAAAAACCUCAAGCGGAUUUCCCACGCUGCCCGGACAGAUAACACAGCACUCAUGUUCGCCGGGGUGGCCGGGGCUGUGAGGCGAAUUAUGAAGGAAAGAGGGGGAAAUUUAAACCUGGAUGCAACAUCGCUUUACACGCUGCGGAGCAUUUCGAGUCAUCCGGGUACAAUGAUGAAUAAUCUGACUACAGCCCCACUAAGAAUGCCACUCUCCGAGGAGAAAACGGAUCAAAGAUUGAUACAAAUUUCCGAACAAUUUCGGUACCUCUUCAACUCCAACAAGCUCCUUGGCGCGGCCGCAAUUUGUAGAGGGCUGGGACUAAUCAGUGGCACGCUCAGGAAGGAUUUAACGUUUGCCAACUAUGGAACUCUGCUUCAUUCUAACGUUCCGUCUUUUAGGGAAAAUCGAUAUGAAUUACUUGUAAAUCCGGUGGAGCAAUUUGUUCCAAUCACUGCGCUGUGUCAGAAAUCGUGCGCCAUAUCGAUAAUGAGUAUUAGUUAUAAUGGCAAAAUGGGGAUUUCAAUAACCGCGGAUAAAGCACUAUUUGGGAGAAAAGUUGACUUAGAAAGGUUUAUUAAUCAGAUUAUAAAUGAGAUUAGUGAAAUUGGAGACAUUAGUUGGGAGAGAGAAAAAGUGGAAAUUAGAGGUUAUGAUUCCGGUUAUGCUUCCGUUACAGUCAAGAUUCCGGUUAUGACUACGCGAUAA